UUUAUCGAAUCGCUACGUCGACGAGCUCGAGCUCUUGUCGAGCGCACGAGUCCUGGUGAAAGUGAGCUGCACUUGUUUCGGCACGACUACGAUUCGCCCAGUGUUCUACAACACAUCGCAUCUGUUUCACAACUGAACAAUGGCUGCAUCGUUGAGGUGAUCGUGGUGGAUCGCAAUGAGAAACCUACUCGCCCACAUGUUUUAGAGGUGAAAAACUAUAUGACCUUGACAUUCUGCGAUUUCUGCGGAGCAAUGCUGACUGGUCUGAUGCGUCAGGGACUACAUUGUCUGGCGUGCAAAUGUAAUUUCCAUCGUCGUUGUACCGAAGCACCACGAAACAACUGCGUCGUGGCUACCCCCGGUCUGUCAACGAUGAGUCCCGUUCCCAUGGGUCCAGGUGGAAUUGGGGUGGGCAUGCCACCGUCAGCGCCGUCAAGCGCUGCACUGGAACUCCCGCAUACCUUGGCCGAGAACAACUACUUAACACCGACCAAGUGCAAAAUUUGCGACAAAAUGCUUAAAGGACUCAUUCGACAAGGGCUCAAAUGCAGAGAUUGUGGGGUAAACGUCCACAAUAAGUGUGCAUAUCAAUUACCGUCUAAUUGUACGCUUUCGGACCAUGCAAUCAGCCGGAUGAGCAUCACUGAACCGCCACCAGCACCUCAGAAAGAGAAUCUCGUGAAUAUGGAUGAUGAACCCAGUGGCAGUGAAAACAUACCGCUGUUCCGAUUACCUGGACAAGUGACGUCGAGAAACACUACGCAGCCGAAAGUUGAAGGAUGGAUGAUUCACUUCUUGCUUUCGGAUCCUGAGCGAAGACUGAAGCACUAUUGGAUUCUUGCUAAUGAUGCUAUCAACAUGUACAACGAAUACAACGAAGGCAAGCGUAUCCGAUUUUCCCCGCUCGACAGAGGUGUGAAUCCCAACAAGUGCUAUAUGGUACUUCCUCUAGCCGAGAUUCUCGCCAUCACUCCUUAUAACGGACCUUCUGUUCAUUCC